AUGGCGUCCGCAGCAGUCAAGGGGCUCGCGGGCACCAGGCAACGGCAGCAGGUAGCCGCGCCAGGCUGGGCGCCACGCCACCGCCGCUGCCGCUGCCGCCUGGCGGCGCAAGCGGGCUUGCUGGACCUGCUGCGUGGCGCCGGCAGCACUGAAAUAGCCACAGAUGCCGAAGGGGAGGAGCUCAAGGCGUGGCUGAUAGAGCGCGGCCUGCCCCCGCCAAAGCUUGCGGCCGCUGCGACGCCUGGCAGCGGGCGCGGCCUGGUGGCGGCGCAGCCCAUCGGCAAGGGCGAGAGCCUGCUGAGCAUUCCGCAGCAGCUCGUGCUGACUCCGGCAGCCGCGCUGGAGCAGUCGUGCCUGCGGCCGCUGCUGGAGGAGCAGCCGCUGCCCGCAUGGAGCGUGCUGGCCCUGUGGCUGGCAGAGCAACGUGCCGCAGGCAGCGCCGGCGGCUGGUGGCCCUAUGUGCGGCUGCUGCCAGAGCGCACGGGCUGCGUGCUGGAGUGGUCGGAGGAGGAGGUGGAGUGGCUGUGCGGCAGCCAGCUGCAUUCCGACGCUCUGGAGAUCCGGGCGGCGGCAGAGGCGUCCUGGGCAGAGAUGCAGGCGGUGCUGGCGGCGGCAAAGGCCCAGGGGCGGGCCCCCGCGCAUGGCGCCUUUGGCCGCGCCCAGCUGCAGUGGGCCUUUGCCGUGCUGCUGUCGCGCCUGGUGCGGCUGGCGGGGCUGGGAGACCAGGAGGCGCUGCUGCCCUGGGCCGACCUGCUGAACCACGACUGCGCGGCCGCCAGCUUCCUGGACUGGAGCGCCACCGAGGCAGCGGUGGUACUGCGGGCGGAGCGGCGGUACCGUGCCGGCGAGCAGCUGCUCAUCAGCUACGGCCAGAAGACCAGCGGCGAGCUGCUGCUGAGCUACGGCUUCUGCCCCGACCUGGGCAGCAACCCCCACGACGGCUGCCGCCUGCUGCUGGAGCUGGCCCCCGGCGAUGCCGCCCGCAACUGGAAGGCCGCAGCGCUGCGCCAGCACGGCCUCGCCGCCAGCCAGCUGUUCCCGCUGCGCAUGGCGGCGGCGCCGUUUGAGCUGGUCCACUACACGGCGUUUUCGGCGGCGGUCGUUGGCAGCCGGCAGGAAGCCGAGCAGCUGGCACGGCGGCUGUUUGAGGAGGGCGACAUCCCGCCGGCGCUGCAGACAGCGGCGCUCGAAGCCGUCGUGGCGGCUUGCAAGGCGGCGCUGGCAGCCUAUCCCCGCAGCUUCGAUGGCGACAGAGCAGAGCUUGAUCGGCUGCAGGAUCAGGCGUCUGCUGCAGCAGCAAGCGGCGGUGCGGGUGACGGCAGCGCCGAUGCCGGCCAGCAGCGGCGGCGCCAUGCGCUGCAGGCGGUGGUGUAUGAGCGGCAGGUGCUGAGCCGCACCGUGUUUGUGCUGCAGCAGGAGCUCAAGGACGUGCAGCGCCUGGCACGGCGGCAGGGUUGA